AUGGCUCAACUCCAGCAAGAAACUAGAGCCUUAACCAUGAGCACCACUCAGUUCCAGCAGGACGCAAAAGUAGGCAUGAAGGAUAUGGAGGCUCGAAUAAGCCAAAUGGCAACUGCCAUCAAUCGCUUGGAGUCCCACGCUUAUGGAAAGUUACCCUCACAACCUGAAGUAAAUCCCAGGAAUGUAAGUGCCAUGACACUGAGGAGUGGCAAGACACUGGAAGGGUCUAAAGAGGGAAAUUCAAAAAGCAAGAGUGAAGAGGAGAUAGAGAAGGAAAUUGAAGAGGAAGGGCGUAUUCGCAAGGAUCCUAAGGUAACCUUCACUUCUCCGCCCAUUAUUAAAUCUAACUUACCUCCUUUUCCUUGCAGGCUGGAGAAGACAAAAAAGGUAGAGAAGGAAAAAGAGCUUUUAGAUGUGUUCCGAAAAGUGGAAAUUAACAUCCCUUUACUGGAUGCAAUCAAGCAGAUACCGAAAUAUGCUAAAUUUCUCAAGGAUCUAUGCACCCAUAAGAGGAAACUGAUAGGGGACGAAAGAGUAGCGGUGGGAGAGAAUGUGUCAGCAAUGCUCCAAAGAAAGCUUCCACCCAAGUGUGGAGAUCCAGGUAUGUUCACGAUCCCCUGUAAGAUAGGGAAUACACCGAUCAGGAAAGCAAUGUUAGAUUUAGGGGCGUCAAUCAAUGUGAUGCCAAAGACCAUUUUUGCUUCUCUAAAUCUUGGGCCACUUAAAGAAACAGCCAUCAUAAUCCAACUAGCUGAUCGCACAAAUGCAUAUCCAGAGGGGCUAGUUGAGGAUGUCUUGGUUCAGGUAAAUGAAUUGGUCUUUCCUGCAGAUUUUUAUAUCUUAGACAUGGGAGAUGAAAAAUCAUUAAACCCGUCACCUAUCUUGUUAGGUAGACCAUUUCUUAGCACUGCCAGGACUAAAAUAGAUGUGAAUGAGGGCAUUUUGUCUAUGGAGUUUGAUGGUGAAACUGUGAAUUUCAAUAUUUUUGAGGCGAUGAAGUAUCCAGAAGAAUCUAACUCGGUUUUUGCUUUGAGCAUUAUUGAGCCUUGUGUGCAGGAAACUUUCGAAUUAGACGGCAAAGACGCAUUGAAAGUGGCUCUAAUCAAGCAUCUGGAGUUAGGUGUAACUCUUGAUGUGGGCCUAAGGGAAGAGUUGCUCCAUACUGUUGAGGCCUUACACUCACUACCCAUCGUAUCUCCAAGGUAUGAACUUACUUCUCUUUUUGUGCCAGAGGCUCAGACAAAGCUGCUGCCUUCAGUGGUGCAGGCACCGGAGUUAGAAUUUAAGCCUCUCCCGAAGCAUCUAAAGUACGCAUUCCUAGGAGACCGGGAGACACUGCCGGUGAUUAUCUCUGCACACCUAUCUCCAAGUCAAGAAGACAAACUGGUGUGA